GAGUGCUUUUAUGACGUGAAUGCCGAAGAAAAAGGGGACUACAUGUCCCAGUGUAGUUUGCGGCCCACGCGGAGGGGUUCCAUCUGUGUCGACCUUGGGCUUUGACGUUUAAAACAUGGCGAAUAAGGAGCCGAAUCGGUUCAUCCAGCACCUGAGGGAUCUGGCUGGUCGGAUGUCCUCAUCUGGUGGCAGAGGGGCCGGAUUAGGACUGAAACUGCUGCUUGGAGCUGGUGCAUUGGCAUAUGGCAUUAAAGAAGCCACCUACACAGUGGAGGGUGGUCACAGAGCCAUCAUCUUCAACAGGAUCGGAGGGGUGCAGAUGGACACGGUUCUGGCUGAAGGGCUACAUUUCAGGAUCCCCUGGUUCCAGUACCCUAUCGUCUAUGAUAUCAGAGCUAAACCCAGAAAAAUCUCCUCUUUGACUGGAAGCAAAGAUCUGCAGAUGGUGAAUAUAGGAGUGCGGGUGUUGUCCAGACCCAUGGCAUCCAACUUGCCAGCCAUGUACCAACGGCUGGGGAAGGACUACGAUGAGAGAGUCCUCCCGUCGAUUGUCAACGAGAUCCUCAAGUCUGUGGUAGCAAAGUUUAAUGCCUCCCAGCUCAUCACACAGAGAGCACAGGUGUCUCUGCUGGUGCGCAGGGAGCUAUUUGAAAGGGCCAAAGACUUCAACAUCAUUCUCGAUGAUGUCGCCAUUACUGAGCUGAGUUUCAGUAGCCAAUACACUGCUGCUGUGGAAGCUAAGCAAGUUGCUCAGCAAGAGGCCCAGAGGGCCCAGUUCUAUGUGGAGAAAGCCAAACAAGAUCAGCGACAGAAGAUCAUCCAGGCUGAAGGAGAGGCUGAAGCUGCUAAAAUGCUCGGCCAAGCAGUGACUAAGAAUCCUGGUUACCUGAAGCUGAGGAGAAUCAGAGCGGCACAGAACAUUGCUAAGACGGUGGCAUCGUCUCAGAACAAGGUGUAUCUUAAUGCUGACAGUUUGGUCCUAAACCUACAAGACCAGGCACUUUUUAACAAUAUGACAAUGGGUGCAAAGAAGUGAUGAAGAGGACACGAGCUCUUGCAAAGGCAGUUGAUUUUGCUUUGUGCUACUGGAAAAAUCAACGUACAUGACUGGAAACUUGAUUUCUUUAUGGUUUUCUUGUUUUAAUUAUCUCAUGUGUCGGAGUGACUUUCAUCAAUGAGUUGUCUAGUGAUGUACAAAGGGGACGUUAUUAAAAUCCACAUUGAAUAAGUCUAACAGAUUUGUUGAAGAAAAGAUCAAAAUCCAGUUUAAAUAGAGCCUUUUGUGUUGACGGAUUUAUGCAACAGUACAUAUGGAUACUUAAGAAGAUCAGAGACUUCUGUCAGGAGCUCAUUGGCCUGAAACGUCCGAGCCGCUUGUCUAGUUUGGCUGCCGAUGUUCGUUUUACACACGUUUUAUCAAUAAAUGUUCCUGUUUCUUCUUACAGCUAUGACAUGAGAAUGUUAGCUCCAUCUACACAUAUUUGGUUAUGUGUGUGAGUUAAUAAUGUAGCCACUGCUGCUGGCAGACCAUUUUGUGCGUGAAUAAAUUUUAUUAGAAAAAGUUCUCAUUUCUUUUAGUUACACCGCUCUACUGACCAACUGUCAAAGGUUAACUGCAGGGUUAACACAGAGAGGCAGACAACCUCAUAUUCAUACCUGUGGCCAAUUUAGGAUUGCCAGGAAACGCAACUCAUGCAUGUGAUGGGACUGUGAGAGGAAGUCGGAGAGAA